AUGCCGCAUUUCCACCAUAAGAGACGCCACUCCUGGCCGUACUGCGGCUCGGGGAUGCGUCUUCGCGAACGGCGUAACCUGCCCAUCAUCACGGUGACAGCGCCAUCCGAUGGGUUCGACUCUGAAAGCCAGUUCAUGACGCCGGUCCAGUCUGGAGACCUGCUUGAGGAUGACGCCGCAUCUGCCGGGAUCAUUCGUUCUCAGCCAGCUCAUUCGCACCGACUUUGGCAUCACCCUAAAGACGGAGCAAAACAAAACCAGACCACCGUUGCCGCCGUCUCGCUGCGCAAGAUGAUGCAACCCCCACUGGACAGGGCGCGCUCACUCUUCGUUCUGCCCACGACUAUGUCCGGAGAAACAGUGCUGCUGCCGUACUGGGUUCAUCGGCUCUCCGCGCAUCCCAUAACCACCAACGAGAAGGGAAGACCUCAAGAUGGCGAGCGAGGCCGUCUGAUGAUCGAAAAAAACCACCGACGCUGCCACUCGGAGCGACCGCGGUCUUGGAAACAACCAAGUGAGAAGCUGUGGCCGCUAGCGGAGGAAUAA